AUGAAGGACUUGUUGUCAAGGAAACAUAAGCUACAGGAGUUCCAAACAGUAACACUCACUGAAGAGUGUAGUGCCAUUAUAAAAAAGAAGUUCCCACCUAAACUCAGUGAUCUGGGAAGCUUCAAUAUUCAAAUUGUUAUCGGUAACACUGAUGUUAGCAGAGCACUAUGUGAUCUUGGGGUAAGUAUUAAUCUGAUGUCGUUAUCUGUUUGCAAAUCUCUGGGAAUUACUAAGUUAAAACCCACUAUGGUUUCUCUACAACUUGCUGAUAGAUCUUUGAGGAGACCAAGUGGUAUUAUUGAAGAUAUGCUUGUCAAGGUGGAUAAGUUCAUCUUCCCAGCUGAUUUUGUGGUAUUAGAUAUGGAAGAGGGUACUGAAAUGCCCCUAUUAUUGGGAAGACCUUUCUUGGCGACUGCUCGAGCCAUGAUUGAUGUUGAGAAUGACAGGUUAAAGUUAAGAAUGAAUGAUGAGACUAUCACCAUCAAUGUUUUUAACUCUAUGAAACAAUCUUCUGAUAAAGGCGAUUGCUUUCGUCUUGAUAUUCUAGAUCAAGUAGUGGAAGAAGAAGUAUUUUCCAUUCAACAAUCUGAGGAAGAGCUUCAGGUGCAUGAAAUGGUUCCUUUCAAGGAAGAAAAAAAUGAGUUAUUUGAAGUCCUUGAAACGAAAGAUUCUGACAAGGAAGAUGGUACACCAAAGGUAGAGUUGAAGGAGCUUCCAGAAACUCUCAAGUAUAUCUUCUUGGGUGAGAAGGAGACUUACCCUGUUAUCAUUAACAAGGGAUUGUCUUCUGAACAAGAGACAAAACUGCAACACAUAAAAUCCUCAUGGAAGAUGAGGUUCAGCCAGUGA